AUGCCUCCCCAUCUCCAUCCCCGGUCGCGCUCGACCACGUCCCUUUUCACAGCCACGCUCCUUGCCUCGUUCCUGAUAGUCGGCCUGCCCCACCUCUUCCCCUGUCCCGCCCCUCGACGCACUCUGGCAGACUCCGACAUGAUAACAGGGCCCGAUGGCCAGCAAAGAAUACGAAGACGCAGGAGGAAACAAACAGAGGAAGUAGAUGCCUCGUCCAAGGAAUCUCCUUUCGAACCUAGCCGCCAAUUGGACGAUGCCGCAGCCGAGUUUCGACACAUGGACGAGGAAGCGAAAAGACUGAGAAAGGUGGGCAGAGAAUGCCCGGUUCCGAAACCCAAAGGAAUCGUCGGACAGAUGCUAGGUUUUGAUGUGCCAAAGGACAGCGGCAAUAAUCGCGACUUGGUGGGAGUGGGUUCUCCCAGGCGAGAAAAUGAACAAUGA